AUGGAGAAAAAUCAAGAAUUAAGAGUUUUGUCUAUUCAAAGUCAUGUUGUGUUUGGAUAUGUUGGUAAUAAAAGCGCAACAUUUCCGCUACAGCUACUGGGCUUCGAAGUUGACGCCAUUAAUUCUGUGCAAUUAUCAAACCAUACUGGUUAUAAAGUUACUAAAGGAGAUAUUCUUAAUGACCAUAAUUUGAGUCAGCUCAUCGAUGGAUUAGUCGCAAAUGAUCUUCAUCACUACACUCAUCUUCUUACUGGAUAUGUUGGCUCAGCUUCAUUUCUUAAGCAAAUUGCGCAAGUGAUCCCAAUUUUAAAGAAAAAAAAUCCAAAUCUUAUUUACUUGUGUGAUCCAGUUUUGGGAGACGAUGGAAAAUUAUACGUACCUAAAGAGCUGAUAGAAAUUUACAAGAAAGAAAUCGUACCUCUAGCUGAUAUUAUAACGCCAAAUCAAUUCGAAUUGGAGUUGCUAACUGAUAAAAAAAUCACGACUAUAAGUGAUGUUCAAAAUGCUAUGAAAUAUUUAUACGGACAAGGACCAAAAACAGUUGUAGUGUCAUCAAUAGACAUAAACAAUGAAUUAACAGCCAUUGCUGGAGAUUCCAAAGAUGGUAAAAUGAUCAAACUAGACAUUCCAAAAAUUCCAUUAAGUUACGUCGGUUCGGGAGAUCUUUUUGCAGCGUUGUUUUUGGCUCACUCAACUUUGCAGAACAAUUUGAAAGAGGCUCUUGAAAAAACAAUUAAUACAUUGCACGCUGUACUUUUAAAUACGAUGGAACAUGUCAAAA